CCAAAAGUUCACGCUGCGCAGGUAACUUCACGCGACUGCUACAAUACCUCCGUUGCAACCACAACUACCAGCUCUAAAUCUACGUAUACAUCAGGCUUCACUAUAAUGAAGUUACUCAAGAGUCAAAUCGAACAGAAAACGGGCGCGGGGUUCGUCACCCUGCUGCCUGAGGAGCCAGAGGAUAUGUGGCACGCCUAUAAUCUGAUACAAGAACACGACCGAAUACGCGCCAAGGCAGUUCGCCGAGUUUCGAAGACUUCUGAGGCCGGCUCGACAUCCUCGCAGCGAAUCGCUCUAGACCUCACAAUCACAGUAACCUCGACCGAUUUUGAUAUUGGUUCCGAACAACUCCAUGUGUCUGGUCGCGUAGCAAAAGAGAAUGAGCACGUAAAGUUAGGGCAACAUCAUACACUGGAUUUGGAGCUAAAUCGCAAAUUUACCAUCGAAAAAGCAGACGGUUGGGAUAGUGUUGCUUUAGAACAAUUGAAGGAGGCAUGCGACGCGUCAAAACGAGCGGAACUAUGGGCUGUUGUACUGGGAGAGGGUACCGCGAACAUCUGCAUGAUCACCGAGCAUCAGACGAUAUUACGACAAAAGAUCGAGGUCUCAGUACCCAGAAAGAGGAGAGGUGGUGUAGACGGGCACAGCAAAGGCAUGGACAGGUUCUUCUCCACGACGCUUUCGACGCUACUACGGCAAAUCGAUCUACCGAAUGCCUCUAGCACACCUCAAGGCAAGACGCUUCCGCUUCUGCUCGCGAGUCCAGGCUUCGUAGCGUCGGCUUUUCUACAAUAUAUCAAGGAGGAAGCAACACGGACCACCAACAAGCCGCUCAUGGCCCUCAUACCCACGAUAAUCAUCGCACAUUCUUCAUCGGCGCAUGUACACUCACUCAAUGAAGUGCUCUCAUCGCCAGCAAUAACGAACAAGUUGUCCGAUACAAAGUUCGCGCGCGAGACAGCAUUAAUGGACAAGUUCAACACGCUCAUGCGGCAAGACGAUGGCCGGGCGUGGUACGGCCCGCGCGAGGUGGAGCGCGCCGUCGCCAAAGGCGCAGUUGGGCGUGGUGGUGGAGUGCUAAUGAUCAACAACGCCCUGUUCCGCGCACAAGACGUGAAAGAGAGGAGACGAUGGGUGAAGCUAGUCGACCAAGUGCGGGAUGUGGAGGGUGGCGAAGUCAGGGUGCUCAGCUCAUUACACGAGAGCGGGAAGCGGCUCGAAGGCCUCGGGAACGUUGCGGCCAUCCUCACCUAUCCACUAGAAGAUCUAGAUGAGGACGACGGAGAGGACACCGGGGGCGUUGACGGCGAAGACGGCGAAAUGAUAAUAUAGGCUGGAGGAUACAUGCUUCACCGAAGCUCGACUUGCGCUCCGGAUAUUUCGCGAAUCUCUAUCAGGCCACAACGGCAUAAUAUACCCAUCACGAUUGCGUCCGCACAUUUCGGCUCUCUGGCAAGUGAUGUUCAUGGUCACAAGGCGGUAAGAUUAACAUGGUCCCUGCACCGUCCGUGAAACCUGUUGUACGCUGACCCAGCCACCUCCCCUCUAGCGCCCUG